AGCCCCUCGGAGGGGUGCUUCGGCAUCUCAAGCCCAGUCUCUGGGUGUCGCUGGGGGAGGAGUUUCGGCGAUGCCGAGGUUAGAGCUCCGUUUUUUCCCUAGCGAUCGGGCUCCGGAACAUCCCGCUGGGCGGGGCGGGGCUUGAGCUUUUUGCUUGCGGAGGCGGGGUACUGGGCCGCCUGGAAGCUAGCUCACCCGCGGGCGAGAUGGCGGCUACCUUCUUCGGGGAGGUGGUGAAGGUGCGGUCUCGGGCUGUGACUGAGGAGGAGGAAGAGGAGGAGGAGCCCUGGGCGCAGGAUAACCCCGAGGACAAAGAGGUCCGGCGUGAGCUCCAGAGGAAGCGAGAAGUAGAGGUCCUUCAGAGGCAGACAAAUGUAUCUUUGGAAAUUCCCCUGCUAGAACAAUAUCCAUGUUCAAAGUUUAUAAUAGCCAUAGGACAUAAUGCUGUAGCAUUUUUGUCUUCAUUUGUUAUGAAUUCAGGAACCUGGGAGGAAAUUGGAUCCACUAAGCUAUGGAAUGAAUGGUGCAGAACAACAGAUACAACAAAUCUUUCCCCAACAGAUGCUUUUUGUGUGUUCUACCGUCUAAAGUCAGAUCCCACAGUUUUCCUGUGCCAGUGCAGUUGCUAUGUUGCUGAAGAUCAACAAUAUCAAUGGCUUGAAAAGGUUUUUGGUUCUUCUCCAAAGACAAAUUUACAAAUAACUAUUCUUACAUCUCGUCAUGUGACUGACUAUAAAACUCCAGAAUCCAGUAGCAACCUUCCUUCUCCUUUCCUGAAAGCCCUAAAAACACAGACUUUCCAAGAUGCUGCCUGCUGUACGCUCUUAGAACAGCCAAAUAUUGUACAUGAUCUUCCUGCUGCAGUUCUGAGUUACUGUCAAGUGUGGAGAAUUCCUGCAAUCUUAUACCUGUGUUACACUGAUGUAAUGAAACUAGACCUAGUUACAGUUGAAGCUUUCAAACCAAUACUUAGUUCGGAAAGCUUGAAAGGAUUAGUUAAGAAUGUUUCCCAUGGUACAGAGAUACUGAAGAAACUAGUGACAACAAAUGAAAUUCAAAGCAACAUCUAUACGUGAUUGAGUUUUGAAAGUCAUCAUGAGGAGGGGUGCCAGAAAGAGAAAUGUUCUAUAAUUCCAACUAAUUUACCUAGUGCAAGAAAGCAAAAUAAAGAGUUUAUUUUAAAGUAA